AUGUCUCCAAAAAGUGCCACGCUCCGCCUCUUGACUCUGGCUACUAGCAUGGAUCAAUUCAAGUCUAAUGUUGUCGAAGGCAUUGCUGAUUUGUUGGUGAAACUACCGCUUGACCCCAUCGCAGACAAGAACCAAUUUGGAGAAGUAGACUUACAAACCAGGUAUUAUGAUCCAUUGCUGUCUUCCAUUUUGGCAGAUACUACGAAGAAGGUCGUGUUACGAUGGCCGAAUAAGAAGGAUACAUUAACCAUUGGCAUUCGUCCAGACGCCAUUGUAUCUACCUUAGUCCAACGUGCCUUUGGGCAAUCCCUUGGUUUCGGGGAAGUGAAGCUUGGAGCUGAAAGCACGACCAACCAUUCCCUUUGUAUGGACACGGUAAAGCUCACCGUAUUAUCACGCAACAGCGUACUGAAGUGUGGCCACCCCAUUCUCACUUUUCAAGUUAAUGGAUUUCAUUUAAUUUUUUACAUGACGCAAAUGAUACAUACUAAUUUCUUUAUCAUGAUUGAAAUUGGCCGCAUCACCCUGCCUGAAUCAUUGUCCUGCCUUCACUCGUUCGUCACACUAAAAAAUAUCCGUACGCUAUUGCGCGUCACCCUUAUAUUUUGGCAUUGCUGUUACCAAGCAGAUUCACCAACAGUUGUCGUUGCACCUGUCAGUACGCCAUCCCCAAUGGUUACAUAUCCAAUCCAAGUCUCAACGUUUUCUCCCUCUGCAACUCCAGAUACCACACAAUUAUUGCAGAUGAUUAAUAACACCACUUCGAAGUCUCGUGACUGUAGCAUCCAGUAUAAUUAA